AUGACGAACAUUACAAUACGCGAGUUGAAACCAGAAGACCUCGAUGAGUACAUUCGAUUUCUCAUUGAGAACUUCUACUGCGAUGAACCACUUCAGAUGACACCCGGAGAUCACAACUACAAACCGGAUACGCCGGAGAGACGUGCGUCUCGUCUAGCGGUAAUAAAACAAGGUCUCUCCUUAGUUGCUGUGGAUUCCAACGAUGGAGGUCGCAUAGUAGCCUCAGCUUACUCUGAAGCCAAGGUUCCAAAUGACUUCGAGAAAACCUGGAGAGAAGUCAAUGAGAAAAAGCCUACGGAGUUCAUUGAUCAUGUGGACUUAUUUCUUGCUGGCAUUGACAAACGUUCGAAAUUAUUUGAACGUUUCGAAGUAUCGAAAGUUCUUUACCUCAACGUUUUGGGGGUGGGAAAAACUGUACGCCAACAAGGAUUGGGCCGUCGUCUUGUGUCUGCUGUAAUCGAACUGGCUCGCUCCAAAGGAUUUCCCCUGAUUGCAGUCUCCUGCACUAGUUUGCAUUCGACUCGCAUCAUGUCAGCUCUGGGCAUGAGCUGUAUUCAUUCGGAGAAGUGUUCAGACUACAAAGACGAAGAUGGCAACGUUGUUUUAAAGCCACCAGAACCACAUACAUCCAUCAAUCUCAUGGCAAUGAAAUUGUAG